UGGUAGGCAUCGACCCCAUCGAGCGCGUGGUUGCGCCCCUAUGAUGACAGCAUCGCAUCUGGUGGGCAUCGCCCGCCAUGUCCGGUAACAGGGAGCCUGGCUGAUCCGAAACCGCACGGCCCAUGUAAUCCAUGGCUAGCAUGACAGGAUCAGAGUUGGACUACCCGCUGCUCGGAGCGACCUCAAGGGAUUGGUCUGGAUUAGACCGGGCCACGCUCAAUCUCCGUCAAAGCCUUAUAAAGGAUCCAUGUGUAUCCCGGUGCGCCCGCUGGUCAGAAGGUAGAUGGACGUUGAGGUGCGGUCUUGCAGUCUACUUCGGUGGUACCGCCCUUUCUUGCACCUGGUCUGCACGUGGCUUGCUAAGAUGGGCAGCCCUACCCUCCAACUGCUUCCGGCAUCGUCCUUGCGCCUUCUGCCACGAUUCCUCAUCACAGCGCUCUAUCCAUUUUUAUCAACCCUGCUCAACCUAAUUCCAGAGCAUGCGAAAUCGCAUCUCCUCAAAUCAAGCGGAGCCCAAUUCUUCUUGCCGUCAGUCUGGCAGCAGGUUGACUACGACGUCCGUGAAUCUCUCGGCCCCCAUGGCCGAUUUUGGUGGCAGACCACCGGAUACGUGCUGAGCCUGCUCCUUCAGGAUGCGAGAUACUCGGAUGGCGCUCAGCAACGUAUCUUGGCCUUCUUCAGUCGCAGCAUCGCCCCGUUCCUCGGGAUUACAAAUGAGCCCGGUGCACAGAGAUGGCAGAGCUUCAUGACUGACAACCACAACCCGAUUGAGUUAAGUUGGGACUGGCAUACGGGCAACAAGUCACCGACAGUUCGGUUCUCAAUCGAGCCUGUGGGCCCCAAUGCCGGCACGCAAGUGGAUCCCGACAACCAAUCUGCAGACGCGCUCUUCCGCAACGUCCUGGCAGAAACCCUACCCGACACGAGCUGGGGGUGGUUUGAUCACUUUGAUCGGGAGUUAGCCCCAGACCUGGCCCCCAAGGGCUUCAUGGAGGGCCACCCUUCCAAGAUCUUCUACGCAUUCGACCUGGGCGAGAACGACAUCACCAGCAAGGCUUACUUCUUCCCUGGCUUCAAGGCCCGGGCCACAAACCAGACUAAUCUGCAAGUCAUCGCUCAAGCCAUUCGCACGGCACCCCUUUGUACCGACCAUGGGCGACUAGGCGCCUUUGCUAUGUUCGAAGAGUUUGCCAAUGAUGUGUCAACGCCACCCCUGGAGAUGGACAUGCUAGCGAUUGACAUGAUCCCGGCUGUGGAUUCGCGGCUCAAGAUCUACUUUCGCAAUCGCCAGACGACCUUUGCCUCUGUUCGGCAAAUGAUGACGCUGGGGAACCGAAUCACUACUCCUGCAUUGGAGACCGGGCUACAGAACCUCAGAAGACUGUGGGAUGGUCUCCUGGGACAGUCCGGUGUUCUCGAUGACACCCCGUUGCCAGGGGGCAACCACCGCACAGGCGGCAUUUUAUACAACAUGGAGUUCCGCCCGGGAAGCACGACUCCAAAGAUCAAGAUAUAUAUCCCCGCACGACAUUACGCGCCCAGUGACUGGCAUGUGGUAACGGCAUUGCAUGAGUACAUGCACGGGGUCAACGGCCAGUCGAGAAAGCCUAACAUGCCUACCUACGCGGAUGCCUUCCGCAAAGUAUUUACAUACGAUGCCCUUCAGGAAAGGGGCCUCCACACGUAUAUUGCGUGCUCAGUCCAAUCAGGCGGGGAUCUCCGUGUGGUAUCGUACAUUAAUGCUCAGAGUGAGAAGUUCGCUCCGAAUUGAGUGCGCAGAUCGGGCAGAAUGAAUCACGACCGACGACAAGUGUAUGUUCUCUUUUCCUAUAUUCUGGAUAUCUUACCAGAUCUUUCGCUUCGUACUGUAAAUAAAUAUUUAAACCUCCUAUUUGACCGCGUGUAGCCGGGAGGACCGCAGAACCAAGGCUUACCAGAGA